AUGGCCGUAAAUCAUGCUAUACAGAUUCGAACCGGGUUUCCCCUCAUCUAUUAUAUACUCAUCCAGAUAAAUUCAUUGACAUUGGAUAAUUUAGAAUUGGCGUUGCUGGAUUUUAAAUUUUAUUUGCGUUUAAAACGCUUUCAAGAAUGCACAGAACUCAUUGAAUCUGAGGUUGAGUUGAACGAGACACUAAUUAUGUACGAAAUUAGCGAAGAAACAUUAUUGACAAAUGAUUCCAUUAAUGAUAAAGACGAUAUCAUUCGUUUAUUAAUACAUCAUCGUUUUAUAAAGCCAAUAGAAGCACAGCUGAAAGCAUUGUUGAUAGGUUUCAGACAGGUUAUUCCGUUGAAUUGGAUCCAGAUACUCGGAUAUGUUCAGUUGGAAUACCUGAUAUCUGGAGCCGACGAAUUGUGCAGUAGCUUUCUCGACAAAUUGAACAUACAUAUACAGUUAACAAUUAUGGAAGGUACGGAAAAAGUGGAGGCACUUCUUCUCAAACAAUUGCUUACUGAAAACGCACUUGAAAAUGGUGAAGAAACCGUUGAAAGUAUACGUAACAGUAUCCGACAGCAAACAUCUGCAAACGAAGGGCAUCAUGAACUAAACAACUGGUCUGAAAACAUUCAACAGCAGAGAGAAGAUAUUCAACUGACUGAUUCUCAGCCUACAGUACUUCAAUUACAGUUAGUAACAGAAGUGAUUAACGCGAAAGAAACGGAAUCUCAAUCAAAACGAGUUUCCCGCCUAUCAUGUAAUAAACUGACACAAUUUUUACAAGAUAUCAUAUCGAAUUUAUAUGCCUAUUUGAAUGUACAAUAUUUGAAUGAUGAUAAAGAUAAUAAAAAUAAUAGUAAUACUAUAACCGAAUCGAUAAGUUUAACCGAUGUAUUUCAUUUGCGUUCGGAUUAUGCUAAACAUUUAUUAUCAUUAUUUCAAAUUUUAAUAUCAAAAUUAAUUGAACAAUUUCAAUCGUGUAAUAGAGUUAAAAUAUUAUUUAAUCAAUUUGAAAUAAUUUCAAUUGAUCCGAUAAAAACAUGGAGAAAAAUACAAGCGUGUAUUGAAAAAAUAAAUGAAAUUUUACAACGAAUUAUUCAACAAUAUCAACAAUCUAAGACAACUGAACAAUUACAAAAUAUCACAUCUAUUAUAAAAAAUCUUAAAUGUAUCAACGACUAUUUUUAUAAUCUUUUAUUACAAAUCAAAAAUGUAGAGUUUUUAAAAAUCGAACAAAUUCGAUCUUUGAAUCGAAGUAUUGGUAUUGAGUUAAUUAAUUUAUCGGAAUCAUUGAAUGCAUUUAGUUCAAUAAACAAGAUAACUAGUAAUGUUAACAAUAACAAUCAUAUAGAAGCUCAAAGAGUUAAGAAAUUGGAAGAGAUAUAUGAACAAAAACUAGAGAAUAAAUCUACGCUUAUUCAAAAUCAAAUACCAUUGUUACAGUCGAACAGUCUCGUCUAUGAUUUGUGUUCAUUCAAUUCAAAUUCUCUAAAUACUAGAGGAACAAUUUCUUCUACACCAUUUACUGAUGUUAAAUAUCUUAAAUUAAAUGAAAAUGUGAAACCAAUGGAUUCUGCUUAUUCACAAUCAUGGACGUCACAGAUAAAAAAUAACAAGAAUGUUUUGGGUGGAAUCGCUCCACUGAAUAUAUUAAGUAACAAUGAUAGUUAUAGAUCAUUUCCAUCUGUCCAACUAACUGAUACAUUUUUGUUCCAAAGUACGUCAACUCAUAAUCGUAAAGAUGCGCCAAAAAUUGAAAAUAUGGAUAAUAAUAAUAAUAAUGGAAAUACUAGAGAUCAGUUUGAAGAAAAUAGUGGAACUGCAAUAUCGAAUAGUGCAGUCACAUUAAUGUCACAAAAUAAUAAUGGUCGUAUUGAGGGUAUUAACUGUUGUGGUAGAGAAGGAUUUAUUUCUGAUAAAAGGAACCCAAUAACGAAUGUUUAUAAUCCACCGAUGCCUAUGAAAGUAGCAAUGAAUGGACAAAAUUCGAGAUUAUUUACACCAACUAAUAAUAUUCGUUUACCACUUAAUUCAAAUGCUACAAUAUAUAAUGGAGGAGGAAUGACAAGACUCCCAUUCACAGACACAUAUAUUCAAUGUCCAAAUUGGUCAGCAAAUCAAGCACAACAGCAGUAUCCAGUGGGACCUUGCUGUUAUCCAGUUGGUGGCAGACAAGAGAGUUGUACAUCGGGUAUAAAUACAUCCCCUACGGCUUCAUUUUGUCCCACAAAUUUGAAUUAUUCAGCUUGUGCCGGUAAACCAAUGGGUUGCGGAUUAUCUUCAGGCAAAUCUUUUACACCAUCACCGCUCUGCUUUCCCACUCCUGUUGUUUACACACCAGAAAUGGAAACAUUAUUCUCCGCUGGAGGUAUCAUCUACGCGAGAAAGUCAGGAAACACAUGGAUCGCUGAAAAUCUUGGUAGCCUCGUCGAAACAUUAAAAAAUAUUGGACAAACGAUUGAUAUGAAUGAACACUGUGAAAUAUUGGUAAAAAAAACAGGUGAACUAUUAGUUCGACGAAGACGUGGUAAACGAAAGAAGUUAUUAACUCAAUCAGUAAUCAAAUCAUCGAAUCGUAUGACUCGUGCCAGAGAUAAUAAUGCAUUUGUUGAUAUUGAUGUUGAUCAACAUCGACCAAUAAAAGACCUGCAAUCAACAGUGUUAAGCGACAGCAACUCUAGCGAUGAAAGCGAUAAUUCAUCUCGAUUAGAAAAUAGAAAUCGUUCAUCCUUGAGAGAACAUAAAACAGUUGAAAACAAUGAAUCUAUUAAAAUACAACGUUCAAAAAAUGGACGUAGUCAAAAAUAA